AGGCACUACUGUAGUUAAGUGUUUUUAAUCAUUGUAAUAACAGUUAGAUAAAAGGGUGUAUGUAUAACCUUAGGGCUCAUAUUAUGAAAUCCUUAUUUUCUCUGGCAAAACUAGCCAACUGCAUGACCCAACAGGAUGUGCUAUUAGAUUGCAGGGAUAAUAAAGCCACCAUGUAAUGAUGAAUACACCCCACCUUGAAAUGACUAGAAUUUAAAUAAGUCCAAAGUUAUUGAUUAACCCAGGGCUGGGUAGAACUUAGCAGCUCUAUGAAAAGGUGACUAUUUCAUCUGAAUGCUUGUUUUAUUGAAGAGCAGAAGAAUUGUAUCUUCCACACUCAGGCUAAGCAAAAAUGGGCGGUUCACAUAGCAAGUCUUACAACCUCCCAGAGGAUAAACGGGAACCAGCCGUAGGGACAACAAGUUUGUCAGCAGAUAAGCCAUCAACCGACAAACACCAUCGUCAUGGUUUUGAUGCAGACCGAGAUGCUAAGAAAUUACACAGUGCCUGCAAAGGGGCAGGAACUGAUGAAAAAAAAAUUAUUGAAGUCUUGUCAAGUCGAACAUCAGAGCAGAGACAACAAAUUAAACAGAAGUACAAAGCUCUCUAUGGCAAGGAUUUGGAAGAGGUCCUGAAGGGAGACCUGAGUGGCAGUUUUGAAAAGGCUGUGCUGGCUCUGCUGGACCUUCCCUGCGAGUAUCAGGCCCGGGAGCUUCACAAGGCCAUGAAGGGCGUCGGGACCGACGAGUCGCUGCUGAUUGAGAUCCUCUGCACACAAAACAAUAAGGAAAUCAUAAGCAUAAAGGAGGCAUACAAGCGGCUCUUUGAUAAAGAUCUGGAGUCUGAUGUGCGAGGUGACACGAGUGGUUCCCUGAGGAAGAUACUGGUCACUGUGCUGGAGGCAACCAGGGAUGAGAACCAACAGGUCAACACAGAGCUGGCUGAGCAGGAUGCCUCAGAUCUGUAUAAAGCAGGAGAAGGCCGCUGGGGAACAGAGGAGCUGGCUUUCAAUGUUGUCUUAGCAAAGAGAAGCUACAGUCAGCUGAGAGCGACUUUUCAGGCCUAUGAAAAGGUGUCUGGAAAAGAUAUAGAAGAAUCCAUUAAAAGCGAAACAUCAGGAGAUCUGGAGAAAGCUUAUCUCACACUUGUCAGCUGUGCCAAAGACUGUCCGGGUUACUUUGCUACACUUCUGCACAAGUCAAUGAAAGGAGCUGGGACUGAUGAAGAUACCUUGAUUCGCAUCCUUGUGACCAGGUCUGAGAAUGACCUGCCAGCAAUAAAGGGGAAGUUCCAGGAAAUGUACAAGAAGUCGUUAACUGAAGCUGUCCGAUCUGAUACCUCUGGGGACUUCAGAAAGUUGCUUCUGGCUAUUUUGCACUAAAAAGCCAUCAAGAAUGAAGAGGCAUGCUGAGCAGCCACCUCUUGAUUAGCUUCCAAAAUAGCAUCCAAAAAAUGUGGCAUUAGCACAAAGAAAAAAAUCCAAUUUAUUUUCUUUCCAGCUGGGAAACACAUUGCCAAGUAAAGCUGGACGUGAGGUUUAUGUUAUGGCUAGCUUGCCAAAUGUCCUUAAGCAAUAAAGAUGUGUUAAAAAACUAAA